AUGACCAUGGCUUCCGAUGAUGCAAAGUUGCAAAAACUGCUGGAGGAGCACCAGAGACUUGCAGAGUCACGUGGUUUUACUCUUGAAUAUCAAAGUGAGCAAGAAAAGAAAGAAAAUAUUAUAAGUUUCCCAAGGCUUGCACCGGCGACUUGGGAUAAAUAUGAUCAAGCAGCACUCCAGUGGGCUUUAUGGAGACUUUCUCGCAAGGAGAGUGGAACAAAAAACUUCUCUAAGGAUGAACCAGAUCCCUCUCCACAAAUUCUAAAGCUUUUUGUGGAGUUUUACAUUGCUACCCGACGAAAGGUACCCUCACAGAAGACAGCAAUCCAUGUUUUCACCAACUUCGCCUCAAGAUGGGAGCGUGAGACGUCCAGGAGUCUCCCUAUGGAAGUAAAGAACGAUGUCCGUAAUUUUAUACGAAAUGACCUAACUAGCAAGUAUGACCUUCCAACAGAACCAAGGGCACGCUUCCCGGUUACAGCCAAGGAUAUUGAAUAUCUGCUUCGCCGUUUAUUUGGGGAUGAUACACAUGACUAUGUGCAUGAAAGGGCACGAGUCCAAACUGGAAGUGCGCUUGCUAUCUUUGCAGGUUCAGGGUCCAGAGCUGGCGCAAUUGUAGAAUCAAGUUCUUAUCGAAAUACAAAUGAGUGCCUCUACUACAAGCAUCUCACAUUCCAUAUAAAAUGGAGCAAUCAGGCUAGGACGGUGAAGAGAUGGGUGACGCUCGAUCCUAAAUUCCUUAAAGGAAGGCGCUACCGGGAUGAUGCAACUUUGCCAAAAACUUGGUUCAGGGAGCAUCCAAUCCUUGUAAUGAAUUUCGUUUUUUGGGUCAUCGUCCACGGUAUUGCGGAUCGUGCGUUUAAGGGCAUAUCCUCUGUCGAGGAAUUACUAGCCCAAAGACCUCCGGAGGGCAGAGAAUCAUGGACUCUGCAGUGGACUGACACAGCUAAAGAGCUCCCAUUUUUCCGAAUGGUCACUCCAAGCGGACCAAAAGCGGACAAAGGAGUGACAUUCUCCUCGUUGAGACACAAUUUCACGAGUCUAGCGCAAAGAGAUGGAUUCAAGGACAAUCUACGCGUCCACGGAAUCAGAGCGGAGCUCGCAAACAGGGUAGACCCCAAAGCCUCAGAAGCUACUCGUAGCCAAGCACUUGACCAUCAAAACCAUAACACCUUCCUCAAAUAUCAGGCUCAGCUCAAGCAAUUGGAUAUGCAAGCUUUGAUGUAUGGUAUGGAACCAGACUAUGAGUGUCGAGACAUGGAACAGAGCAUGGCGCACCAUCGUGAUCCGAAUGUCCCUCUUCGCCUCGACGCCGCGACACUAUCCGAGUUCGAACACGACGAGGAAAUCGUCGGCCUAAACACAAGGAUCGCCGACCUUACGCGAAGGAUUGCAGGUCAGCCCAGCAUUCAUAAAUCACUGGCGGAAGAACGAUCCAGGCUAUACACACAGAAAGCAAAAAAGCUUCGGGCAAAGCGAUCCGAGUAUAUUUCACAGUGGUUGAAUGAAUGCUACGAAGGAUAUAUCUCUGGAAAGGGAUUCACUGAACGUGAUACAACAAACCUAUUCGAGAUCUACGCUAAAUAUAUCCCGACUAGAACUCGCCUGCGCGAAAACCUGUUCAAAGAAGUAGCUAUUGAUAGUGAGGUGGGAAGACAAUGCCUUCAGGACAUGGUCAGUCUCUGUACAUCAACCGAGAGAGUUGCGUACUAUCCUGGGUUGACCCCUGUUGAUGGGCAAUGUCCGGUCUGCCAAAAACCCAUAGAAAGGUUUGCACCCUGCUUUGCUUUAAAAAGCUACAGGGUCUGA